UUUUCAUAGCUAACAAAUAUAUUCAAACAACACCUCACAUGGCUUCCAACAACAACCACCUUAAAAUCCACCAACACUUGAAAGUUGUUCCUACAUCAUCAACCCAAACAACAACAACAACAAUUCCUCUCACAUUUCUAGACAUAUUGUGGCUAAGGUUUCACCCAGUUGAGAGACUUUUCUUCUACACCCUCCCUAUUUCACAAUCACACCCCUCUUUCUUCUUUCAAAAUCUUGUUCCAAUUCUCAAAUCUUCACUUUCUUUAACCCUCCAACAUUUUCUCCCUCUAGCUGGUAAAAUCAUUUGGCCUUUAGAUUCUUCUAAACCAUUCAUCCAAUUCAAUCCCAAUGAUGAUGAUAAUGGAGUGUCCUUGCUCAUUGCAGAAUCUGAUUCCGAUUUCAAUCAUCUCAUUCAAAACUCACCCAAAGAAACUUCUUUGUCUCGUUCUUUUAUACCGGUUUUGGAAUCAACCGAUCUCUUUGCUUCAAUAGUUUCCAUUCAAAUAACCCUUUUUCCAAAAAAUGGGUUUUCGAUUGGAAUAAGCACACACCAUGCCGUUCUAGAUGGAAAAUCUUCAACCAUGUUCAUUAAAGCUUGGGCUUAUCUAUGCAAAAAAACCACCAACAACGAAGAAUCGCCGACUUUGUUGCCAGAGUUAGAGCCUUUACUCGAAAGAGAAAGCAUCAAAGACCGACAUGGACUUAGUGAUAUUUUCGCAAACAUCUUGACUAAGAUGUUUCCAAAUGAAAAAGGAAACGAAAGAAGCUUGAAGAUUCUCCCUUUUGAACCAAAACUCGAAGACUAUGUUCGAGCUACGUUCGAGCUCAAGCGCGAAGAUUUGAACAAGAUAAAGGAAUCAGUUUUAUCCAAAUGGGAGAUAUUCAAUACAAAUGAAUCAAAGCCAAAGAGCCUAUCAUCUUUUGUUCUGACUUGUGCUUAUUCAUUAGUUUGUGUUGCAAAAGCGAUUCAUCAAAUUCAAAAUGAGAAAGAGAAAUUUGCUUUUUCGUUUAUUGUAGAUUGUAGAGCAAGGUUAGAACCACCAAUAGCAAGUAACUAUUUCGGUAAUUGUGUUUGGGCACAUUUGGUUGAUACAAAACCAUUGGAUUUCGUAGAUGAAGAUGGAGUGUUUUUGGUUGCGAAGUGUAUUCAUGAGAAAAUAAAGAUGAUAAAUGAAAAUGAUGUUCUUGAAGGAGCUAAAGAUAUGAUUGGUAAAAUUACAAGUUUGAUGAAGGAAGGAUACGAAAUUAUUGGAGUGGCGGGAUCUAAUAGAUUUGAAGUUUAUGAAAAUGAUUUUGGUUGGGGGAGGCCGGAAAAAGUGGAGAUAGUGUCUAUUGAUAGAAAUUUCACAAUUGGUUUGGCAGAGAGCAAAGAUGGGAGAGGUGGGAUUGAAAUUGGACUUGUUCUUAAUAAACAUGUUAUGGAAGUAUUUAGUACUUUGUUUUUUGAAGGAUUAAGUUUGUGUUAAUUGAUUUUGGAGAGCAAAUUCAAAUCUUGGCAAGUAAUCUCUUCAUAUCGAUCGGAACAAAAGGGAUUACUUGCCUUAAAAACAUUUGCUUUUGUUAUUUGAAUAAAAGAUAAAUGCAUUUUUUAUCUCUAUAUUUUAUGAAGCAUUAAAUUUGGCUAUGAAUUUAGCUCAUUGAUUGUUUUUUCGAAGGAAAUAUUGUGAUGGACGACGGAAAGCAGUGCCAUAGAAUAUUAGCAGGGAAAAUAUUGUAAUGGAUGGCAUAAAGCAACCACUACUGCAGAGAGAUUACAUCCGUUUUUUACACAUUUAACACCCCGUUCUUACAGGGUGUAAAUUCAAAGAGUGAAAAAUAUUCGAUGAAUGUUUUAAAAUGGGUAUAAAUAGAGGAUAAUUUACACUCUAUUUCAUAAAUAAUGGGUGUAAAUUGUUACAUAGGCGUUUGAAUUAAACAAAUUUACACCUCAUUUGAUAAAAAUUGGAUGUAGAAUGAAUAAUGUUUAUUAUAAAUGUCAACAAAUUUACACCCUAAAAGGGUGUAAAAAUAUGGUAUAUUGCACCCUAUUUUAGUUA